UGUUAGAGCCAUGACCGUUGCCUAUCAGCUGACUGGGACUGAGCUCCCGGCGUGAGGAGGUUAGGGCUCAAACGGGAGGGUAAAGGAGCAAUUUGCGUUGCCGGGAAAGGGGGAAAAGGAAAAGUGAGCAGCAAAUUCGGCGAGAGUUGAGACCACUCCAAGAAUCUGGAACAGCCACUUUAAACUCAUUUGAAAGAUGAGCUUGUUGUCUGCCAUAGACACGAGUGCCUCCGUGUACCAGCCUGCGCAACUUCUCAACUGGGUCUAUCUCUCCUUACAAGACACCCACCAAACCAGCGCUUUUGACGCGUUCAGACCCGAACCAAACUCUUCCCACCCGGAUCUGAAUUUCACCAAGACUCCCGCGGCGGAUUUGAGCUCCUCUCUGAACUCCAACUAUCUCAACAACUUCUUUCAGCUCCAGCGAAACGAGCCCUUAAACAACAAUGUGUAUAAGAACGUGUCGCCUUACGGGUCCCUGAACAACAUCGUGGAUGGGCUCAGUUCCUUGACGGACCAUUUCUCCGACCUCUCCCUUUCCUCAGAACCAAGAAAGCCCAGCAAGAGGCCCCCACCCAACUACUUGUGCCACCUGUGCUUCAACAAGGGCCAUUACAUCAAAGACUGCCCGCAGGCGCGACCCAAAGGAGAAGGCUUGACACCAUACCAGGGUAAGAAGAGAUGCUUUGGAGAGUACAAAUGCCCCAAGUGUAAGAGGAAGUGGAUGAGCGGUAACUCCUGGGCCAACAUGGGACAAGAAUGUAUCAAAUGCCACAUCAAUGUCUACCCACACAAACAGCGCCCUUUGGAGAAGCCAGAUGGCCUUGAUGUUUCUGACCAGAGCAAGGAGCACCCACAGCACCUGUGUGAGAAAUGCAAAGUCCUGGGCUACUACUGCCGCCGCGUGCAAUAAUCUCCAUUAUCACCAGAAAGCGACUUCUGCAACUCCCAGUCCUAUCCCCAUCCCACAACCCCAACUCACACUGUUUCCUUCCACAGCUGAUAGCACAAAGCCCACCCACACCCCCAUCCAUCCCACCCCCAUAUCUGUCUUCCCCUGCUCGACAUCACCCGCUCUCUUCCUCCUCACCUCUCGCCCUCUUAUCUCUCUCCGCCACGACAAUGUACAGUAGCUCCCUUUACUCUGACUCUCCUUCCUUGCUUAGACCUUCCUAUUGUACCACAGUAAAAACCUCUGUCCUAUCUUCGCCACCCCCCCCCACCCCCCACCGCAUCCACUCAGCAGAAAGUUGUAGUCGUUGCUGUCUCCAUCAUCGAUGGUGAACAAGGUUAGGAUCGGGAAAUGGGAGAUGCAGAUCAGACCUGCACUUUGGGUCAACUUCUGUUGCAGACACACACACCAAGUGCUCUUCGUGGAAAAUGAAAACUUGCCAAAAUCAAUGAGUGUAAACUUUCUCGACGCUAAUAUGGGACCUUGUGUACCAGAAACCACAUAACCCCAAUUUCUCCAAGUAUAUUUGUUAAAACGGCGGAUCAUUGCUUCGAUGUAUUAGCAAUGGGCAUGUGUCCUAUUCCUGUUGCUGACAGUAUUUCUACCGUUAUUGGUCACAGUGGAUUACCUCACUUUGGGGUUUGUUGAUUUUGUGUUUACAGAGAUUUGCCUUCCUUUUUUUCCUGCCAAGUGAAGAGUGUGGUGAUGUUUUGAACAUUAAAUCGGGGCCUCUUGUGAUGGUAUAAUGUAUAUGAGGCCUUUAAUGUCUUGCCGUGUAAGGGUCAAUAGCAAAUCUUAUUAACUGUGAAUUAACUGAGGGAUAAUGUGCCGUGCAUCCCUGGCUUACAUUUGGCCUAUUUAUUUUCUUGUUGUCUAGCGUGCAAUUUGAAUUUUAACUGGGACAUAAAGAAAUGUUUUUGUAUGUUUGUAUAUCACAAUAUUUUGUAACUGCUACCACAAGUCUUUAGAAACUACUGUAGGCCUGCAUACAGCAUUGUUCCUCAUCUACGUUCAGUGCAUUAGUGACGCUUAGUUGCGGUUUCAUUACCCUCCCUAUUUGUUAAGGUCGUUAUAUGAAACCUUGAUUAUUUUACAAUGCAUUGGAUUGCUAUGUUGUGUUGAUCUUGGUUCACAAGCAGAUUAACAUUUAUUUUUUUCAAGACAGAAGUGCAAUAACAGUAGUUUCUGUAACAAUGGCCACGCUCUCUAUACAGUUUAAUGCAAAUAACCGACCGAAUACACUCCCAAGUUCGAUAAUCAAGAGUAAUUUAUAAAAACUCACUUUCCGGUGUCUCACUCACUAGGGUUGAUUUGAAAAUCACACGUUUAGGCUGCAGACUGUUAAGGUGUUCACGCGUCAAGCUCACUUAGAUCCUGACAAGCUGUUCGGACAGAACUGGGGUAGUACAUUCGUUUUUCCAAGGACUUUUCGAAGGAAUUUCUCAUACACGCUUUUUUUUUUUUUUUAGUGCAAGUGCCUACCGGUGCCAUCAGAAGCCUUACGCAAGUAGAUUUGUGGACUGACAGGAGAGGUAACUGAUCAUUUUUUCAGUUUUUUUCAAAGGGUUUAUACCCCUAAAACUAUAUCCAACAGCUGAUUUCAGGGUAUAGACUGUCCGUAGAGAGAAUCAGACAGUUGAGAUGAAGUGAAAUGAUUUACAGGGUGGGUUAGAGAGGGAUGGGUUAUUUGUGAAAGGUUGGCUUGAUGUGUGGCCACAGGUCGAUUAUCAAAAGGAUAUAUUGAAAGUGAAGUUGAAUGGCGAUUACUCUUGCUGUAUAUUGUUUUUUUUUCGUGUGGCCUACUAUUAUACACCAGUUUCAUUGAAAGGGAAGCCCUCAUCCUAUUCUUUGUUUACAAAUAUCACACAUUAUAUUUACUUUGAGACAUAUACUAUUACAUGGGAAAUCCUGACUGAUAUGCAUAUUGUAAACUUAAUGUAGUCUUGACGAAGAGGUUCCGACAUUUACGGAAAACUGUUUUUCAAGGAUAGUUUGUACACAUUUAUUUUGAUUAGUAAAACCUGGUUGACUGUACUUUAUACUCAUAAUGGAUGUGCCUCCGAGAGACUUGGCCACAGUAAAUCACUCUGCGGCGCUAAGAGGAAAUACGCGACCAAUUGAUAUUAUAGGAAGAGACAAGUGGUUGACUCGGCGCUGGAGCAAAAUGCAUGCAUGUGGUAACAGUAAUGCCUAGCAGGUUUUUGCCAAGUUUUAUGCAGGUUAUGGAUAUGGACAGGAUUAUCAUGAUUCUCCCCCGCUAACUUUGACGGUAUGAGCUGCCAAGGUUGAGUCCUCCUCAGUACAGUUUGCUGAGUUUGUGUGGCACUAAACCAGUACUCAUAAGAUGGCAGUCAUAACCCCGUUGUUGUCUGUUGUCAUGAAACACCCAACCAAGAUGUGUUUUCCUGUGUGAUCCGUCCUCACAGCAGAACGGGUUUGCAUGACCCCGUGGACCUCAAUCUCUUUUUAUUUUCUCUUUUUAAGUCACCCAUUGUAACCAUGUUUAUCCAAGCCAUCGUGUAUCUAUAAAAAGAAAAAAUAAGAAAAAAAACUGAGUCACAAGACGUAGUGUGAAAGAUCGCAGUUAUUAAUAAUGGUACCAGCGGAUAUUGGUUAAUGACAGAGAUAGUUUUGCAAAACUUUGUAUCUAGAUGCAAAACAAUGGAGGGGAAUAUAUAUUAAUGCGAGUCAGAUAUGUGUACCAAUAGGGUUAAUUUUUAAUGAAGGAUUCCCUUUUCUUUUUUUGCCCAAGUUUUGUCGGGAACAAUCCCCUUUUUCAGUACUGUAAUAAACUGUUUCUGUUAUUCUGCGUCAUGACACCAAUGUGACACGCCUGAUCAGCAUCACGUCUGCUUUACAGUCUCGUCCCACGUCCAUGGUCAGAAUAGAAACCAAUGAUGCCUUGUGAACUCACCUAAUGUUAGCAUUCAGAAAGUUUGGGAUUACGAGGAAAAAAAAAGAAGGUUCAAUCAAAUCUAGUCAGAGCGGUCUUUAGGUUCUGCUCAGAGAUUUAUAAUAAAAACGCCAUUUUUGACUGGCGAAGUAACGAGCCAAUGGAAGGGGUUGAAACGAUGCUUAGAAAAAUAACGAACCCUCUGCUUUCGGAUGUAAGUUGUCUUGAAUUACAUAUACUUGACUUUUCUAGUAUCUUUUCAGUUCAAAUUUGUUAUGUUCUAUGGAUGAGAUGUGUAUUUUGCAAGACUUAAUAGAUGUUGAAAAUGUUGAAGCAAUUUGCUAAGACAACUAUUUUAUUUCCCUGACAAAGAUAUUUGCAAAUGAUUGUUUUAUGUAUAUAUUUGAUGGCCAUCAUUUUCAAGGAAAGGUAGCUCUUUUGAGGUGUUAUGCAAUAUUGAAGCUUUUUAUGUGAAGAAGGGCCUAUUGCUGAGGAAAAAAAAACACAAAAGCUGGGAGUUUUCUCUGAAAAUGUUUUACAAUAAUCUGAGGGUUUAUCCUGCAGGAAUAUUUAUGGAGAUUUUUUUUUACAACACUUUUUUGUAUAGAAUAUGCAACAAAGUUACACUAAGAAGGAAAUAUUGAUGUCUACAUAGAAUAUUAUUAAGAAGCUGGUACAUAAUUAAUACCCUUACUCAGUUAUAAGCCAUUGUUUUGUUUUUUUUGUUUUUUUGUUUGUUUGUUUGUUUGUUUUUUUGCAUUUCGUGUUACGGUGUUAUCAGUGUUGAAUAACCCACAAUGAUAUCUAAGUGCUAUAUGAAACCAAGUAUCCCUAUGAGCUGCCGUUUGCAUUCAUACAGUAGCAUGUAUUCAUUUUUAUAUACAGUUAUCACAGUGUUAUGAAGAUAUAUUGUGUCAACAUGCAGAAUUCUUUCUCUUAAUUAGUGACUGAUACUCACCACUGUAUUAAGCACGUUAAAACUGUGAGUUGUAGUUUGCUUAAAGCAGCAAUGACAAGGAACUAUUAUAAAAUCUGUUGGUGUUAUUACUAGUUUAGGGAGCGUUUACUGUCAAGGAAGUCUGUGGGACAAAGAACUAUUUUAGAGUUUGCAUGUGCAUGUGUUUGUUUUGACUUAAAUAUUAUUUUGUGCAAUUUAUACUUAAAUUAAUUAUGCACAGUAACGUACAGUAGUUGGCUGCAUAUUGUUUUUAACAUUCUAAACAUCUUCUAACUGAUUGUUAUUAGUCCUUCAUUUACCGGUAGUGUAGCCUUAAAAGUAAUACAUAUUUACUGAAUGUAACGUGUUAACACUUAUGUGGUCAAUUGGAAAGUCCUGUUUGUAUUCUUUGAUGUUUGUUUCAUUUGAGAUAAUUGCAAAGGAAUAUUGCAAUAAUAUAAUAUUUGGAUUGGACAGAACACAGAUGUGAGGUUGGGAGGAAAAUGGUUUGGAAACAAGACGUGUCAUGUUUAGAAAGUAGCCUGCAGGUCUGUUUUUCAUGUCCAUGAAACGGCAUUCCAAAAUGUGCCUUAUUUUGUUAGCUCGGAAAACAUGUUAGUGCUUUGGUUCUGCUGGGGGUUUUCGAUGAAUAAAAGUCAUAUUGU